AUGGAGAGAGAAGAGAAAGUGUCUUUGGAGCUUAGUGAAGAAAUUCUUCAGAGUAUGGAAGUUGGAAUGUCCUUCAAAGACUACAAUGGUAGAAUUAGUUCGUUGGAUUUUCACAGGGCGUCCAGUUAUCUAGUUACAGCUAGUGAUGAUGAAUCCAUUCGUCUAUAUGAUGUUGCUGCUGGAACAUGUUUGAAGACAAUUAACAGCAAGAAAUAUGGGGUUGAUUUGGUUUGCUUCACAUCUCAUCCUACAACUGUUAUUUAUUCUUCUAAGAAUGGUUGGGAUGAAUCUUUGCGGCUUCUAUCAUUGCAUGAUAACAAGUACUUGAGAUAUUUCAAAGGUCAUCAUGACAGGGUUGUUUCACUUAGCAUGUGCUCUCCGAAAGAUUGCUUUAUAUCUGGAUCCUUAGAUCGAACUGUUUUACUAUGGGAUCAAAGGGCCGAGAAGUGCCAGGGACUCUUACAUGUACAAGGAAGGCCUGCUAUAUCAUACGAUGAUCAAGGUCUUGUCUUUGCAGUAGCCUUUGGAGGAUACAUAAGAAUGUUUGAUGCACGGAAGUAUGAAAAGGGUCCCUUUGAGAUAUUUUCUGUUGGGGGAGAUAUUUCUGAUGCAAAUGUUGUGAAGUUUAGUAACGAUGGGAGACUCAUUCUCUUAACAACUGCAGAUGGGCAUGUCCAUGUUCUUGACUCAUUCCGUGGUACACUUUUAUCGACAUAUAAUGUCACGCCUGUCUCAUGCAACUCCACAUUAGAAGCUUCUUUCAGCCCCGAGGGAAUGUUUGUAAUAUCAAGUUCUGGGGAUGGUAGCAUCUAUGCAUGGAAUGUUCGAAGUGGCAAAGAAGUUGCAAGUUGGAGGAGUGCAACUUCUGAUACUGGAGCUCCUGUUGUAAAGUGGGCUCCCGGGAGUCUUAUGUUUGCAACCGGGUCAUCUGAGCUUUCAUUUUGGGUUCCAGAUUUGUCAAAAAUAGGAGCGUAUGUCGUGAAAAAAAUAGUAAACUCUACGCAAUGA